AUGUCGUCCACUGCCAUCCCCAAGCGCGUUGCGCUGCACCGCAACCCGACCACCGACUCUUCGGUCCCCAGCUCCGUCUCCGUCUCCCCGCUGGACUCCCCCCGUCAAUCUCCCUCCUCGACUUCGCUCUCGUCAAUGGCUUCGGACGCUGAGAAGGAGGACCUGGGCAAAAUGCUCGAUACCUACGGAAACGAGUUCAAGAUCCCCGACUACACCAUCAAGGAUAUCCGUGAUGCCAUUCCCGCUCACUGCUACAACCGGUCCGCCAUCCGCAGUUUGUCGUAUGUCUUCCGGGAUGUUGCAGUUCUUGCCUCGGUUUUCUACGUCUUCCACAACUACGUGACCCCCGAGACCGUCCCCUCGUAUCCUGCGCGUGUUGUGCUGUGGGCUUUUUACACUUUCGUCCAGGGUCUGUUCGGUACCGGUGUCUGGGUUCUUGCCCACGAGUGUGGUCACCAGGCUUUCUCUCCCUCCAAGGUGCUGAACGACACUGUUGGCUGGAUCUGCCACUCCGCUUUGUUGGUCCCCUACUUCUCCUGGAAGAUCUCCCACGGCAAGCACCACAAGGCCACCGGUAACCUGGCCCGCGACAUGGUGUUCGUUCCCAAGACCCGUGAGGUGUACGCUUCCCGCAUCAAGAAGACCAUCUACGACCUGAACGAGGUGAUGGAGGAGACCCCCAUUGCUACGGCCACCCACUCCAUCCUCCAGCAGCUGUUCGGCUGGCCCAUGUACCUCUUCACCAACGUCACCGGCCACAACAACCACGAGCGCCAGCCCGAGGGCCGCGGCAAGGGCAAGAAGAACGGCUACUUCACCGGUGUCAACCACUUUAACCCCAGCAGCCCUCUGUACGAGGCCAAGGACGCUAAGCUCAUUGUCCUCAGUGACAUUGGUCUUGCCAUUACCGGUACUGUUCUGUAUCUGCUCGGCUCCAAGUAUGGCUGGAUGAACCUGCUCGUCUGGUACGGUAUCCCCUAUUUCUGGGUGAACCACUGGCUCGUUGCCAUUACCUACCUCCAGCACACCGACCCUAGUCUUCCUCACUACCAGCCCGAGUCCUGGACCUUUGCCCGCGGCGCUGCUGCCACCAUUGAUCGUGAAUUCGGCUUCAUCGGCCGCCACAUCCUCCACGGCAUCAUCGAGACUCACGUCCUCCACCACUACGUCAGCACGAUCCCCUUCUACCAUGCCGACGAGGCCAGCGAGGCCAUCAAGAAGGUCAUGGGCUCCCACUACCGCACUGAGGCUCACACCGGUCCUCUCGGUUUCCUCAAGGCGCUCUGGACUAGCGCUCGUGCCUGCCACUGGGUCGAGCCUUCCGAGGGCACCAAGGGCGAGAACGCCGGCGUCUUCUUCUACCGCAACACCAACGGCAUCGGUGUUCCCCCCGUCAAGCUCACCCCCACCAACUAA